ACUUUCAAAUAAAGUCGCUAGGAACAGCGGAGAUCCCAAAAAGUAAACAAAAGUAAAAGUCUAAUAUCUUGAAAACCGGUGAAUAUUUUUCGAUGAAAUUUGGUAGAUCUUCGUUUUCGCUCUUUCUGAACCGAGCGACAUCACUUUCGUGCCAAUUCAUUAACUUUUUUGAAGGUGGGAGGGUCCCUUUAAAGGUGCCAACUAAAAAAUCGUGACUUUUUGCUGAUACCUAGCCUAAUCAAAAGCCUUGUAUUUAUAGUUGAGGAAAAUGGAGGAAUCAAAUCAAAAUCAAAAUGCAGAAAACGUCAAAUGCUACUUCCGUGUAAGAGACUACAGGGCAGAGAGGACCGUGCCUUAUGCGGCAAAGACAGACAUCCAUCCACUCAGCAGCGUAAAUGCGGGUGGUGUAGGUGGCGCCACCAGUCGGCCGGAUGGUGGCGCUAGUGUCGGCGAUCCGCUGACCCGGCUGAUGGAGGGCAGUGACCCGCUAUCGGCGCUGGCCGCCCUCGACAUCGCCCAGGAGCCCGAGCAGGCGGCGCCGGAUCGGCGUCCUGGCGCGCCAGCGGACGACUGGCCGGCCCGCCGGCGCGCCAUUUUGGCUCAGUUCACCACCUCGCAGCUGGUGACGGUCACCACUCGCGCUGGUGACGCCGGCGCCGACACCGUGUCUGCUCGUCCAGCCAGCCGCUCUCGGGCCCGUCUGGCCCAGCUGGAGACGGACAAAGACGACGCAGCGGGCAAGGAGCAGCUCACACAGCAGGAGUUCAUAGCCCACACUGGCCGUCUGAGAAAACAGCUCCAGCAGGCGUGGCAGACGGACCAGCGGGUGCGCGCCCUCAAACUGGUCAUACAGGCCUGUAAGCUGCUGGAGGAGGUGGGCUCUGCCCAGUUCUACCCCACAGUGUUUGUUCUGGUGACAGACAUCCUGGAUGUGUUUGGGACUCUCGUCUACAACAGAGUCACCACCAAGGAUAAGGAGCAGGGUUCACCAGCGGUGCCACCUGGUGGUGACCUGGUGACCGAGGCCGGCCGAGAGACGUGCCGUAACUGGUUCUACAAGAUCGCCUCCAUUCGAGAGCUGGUGGCGCGACUCUACGUGGAGAUGGCCGUCCUGCGCUGCUACGACCUCCUGCAGACAGGGGGGACGGAGUCUGCGGCGCGCCGUCUGGUGGUCGCCAUGCGCGGUGUGGCCGACCCUCUGGUGGCCGGCUACGCCCGCUGCUACCUCAGCAGGGUGGCGCCCCCGGCCGUCCGGGCCGACAACCUCACUGACAUGAUCAAGACGCUCACCUACAAGUCCCCACCGGCUCCCCCUAUGGGCUCUCCUCCCCCGCUGGGACCCGCCGCCGACUACUGUCUCUGGUCGGCUGUCUGCGCAUGCGCGGAUCCCGAGCGGCGCCGCCGGCUGCUGGCUGACCUGCUGGCUGACUCGGAGGUGGCCGGCCGCUCCGUGCUGCUCAUGGCGCUCCUGAGAGCUGCCGGCGCCGAGUUUCUCUCCGGCCAGGCGCUCCGAGCCGUGGAGGCCGUGGCGGCGUGUGACGAAAUCGGGUACCGUCGCUGCUCCCUGCUCUCUGUGCUCGGCUCUCAGCUGGCGGCCGGCCAGGUGCCCGCCGCCGACCGGCUGACCACCCUGAACGCCGCCUGGCGGCAGAUCCAGCAACUAGCCGCCGUCACCGACUACAUGGACUGUGUGCCGGCCUGGUGCGGCUAUGUGGCCAAAUACUUGGG